AUGAUCAGAGAAUGGGACAAGGGCUGUCAGAGGACUGGGAGACAGAAGGCUAGAAACCUAGCAGCCCAGGAAAGCAAGGAGGGAGAGGGGAAGUCAAACAAGAAGAAAGAAAAACCUGUCAGAAUAUUUAACACCAGCUGUUCCUUUCAGCAUGAAGACUCCGUGUAUUUCCCAAAGGAUCUGAGUUCUGCAUCACCACUGGGGGUAUGGACCAAAUUCUUCAGAUCAGACCCCCGCAUUGCCCUCGGGAAAUACUCCCCCUUGGAAAAAGAGAUCAUACGUCUAGGUGGCAUUCAUACCAUAGCGGCAAGAAGGUUUUUGGCUUAUAAGCAAGAGGAAGAAUGGAAAAUGCUCAAGGAACUACAGUUGCUGUCUCCAGACUACAAACAGGCAAUAGAAUAUAAAAAACAACAUUCCUCUGCUUGUGCUAUUUGUGGACCCCUAGAAAAAAUAUGGACAGCAAAGGUGAUUGUGCCCCUAGCGGAGUUUAAAAUGCCUCAACGAGAGAAGAUGAACAUCCACAAGCACAUAGAAAGGAUGCAGAUUGCUCGAGCCCUGAGAAAUGAGCAGGUAUUAUCCUACGCUGAAAGGUUUAGAGGCGCCUCGUUUCUAUCCGGAGUGGGCCUGGGCCCGAUGGCAAAAGACAAGGCCAGGCAAGGGGACCACUGUGACCCCAAUUAUGACAAUAAGGUUAAUCAAGAGAAGAAAGAGGAGGCAGAAGACAAAAACACAGAAAGACGAGAAGUAAAAAUGAACAUAGUUUUCAAGUCAGAAGAACCCCCCAAAAAAUUAAUGUACCGUGCGAAUGAUUACAAACCAUUUCUCUCCACAAAGAAACGGGAGCGGUCCAUCACAGGCCUAACAAACCGAAAUCUUUUCCGCUUAGCUGAAUUCCCUGGAGACUUAAUGCUAAUGAAUCAGGAUUUUAUAUCACGGAGAGCCCACCCCAGUGAUGCGAUCAACGCCUACAAUCUGGAAGAGAGUAUCUGGAAACAGCAUAUGUACAAAGCGGCUUCUUAUCGUUAUUAA